GUCAAGUUUCAAUCAGUCUUUCAUACGGAAUCUAAACAAUCUUCUCUUUUAAACAAAUAUAUAUAUAUAUAUAUAUGUAUAUAGAUAGAGAUAUCCGUUUUUGAGCGAUAGUCUGCCUGCUCAUGUAUUACAAUGUCAUGAAUGCCAAAAAAGUUGAAAACUCUAUGAAUUUCACCAUAUGCAAUCAUUAUUUUAUUCGGAUUUAUACAUAUACUUACUUUUCUUAAUCAAUUCAAUGAUUUAUGUUCACAGUAUAAAUUCUAUGAAAGAGAUCACAUUCUAUACUAAAGAACAUCCUGAACCGAAUACUUUAUUAGGAAAUAUUUUUCAAUCAAUUGGCAUAUUAAAAAAUUCAAUUCGUAGUAUACAACUUGAAGCAUUAGAAUCAAAUUGGUUAAAAUGUUUUCAUAUAAAUCGAUAUACUGGUGAUAUGUAUACAACAAUUGAAGCAAAAAAUAUUUUAGAUAAUGAAAAAUUAUGUAUUAAUAAUAAGAAUAAUAAAAUUUUAAUGAAACAAUUAUAUGAAAGAAUAAUUAUUGAACACUUUUGUACAAUUAACUUACUUAUUUCAAUCAAUAAUCGAAUAUUAAUAUCAGUUAAUAUACAAAUUGAAGAUAUUAAUGAUAAUUCACCAAUAUUUCCAAUACAAAAUUCUUUUCAUAACAUACAAUAUAUUUUUAUUAAUGAAUCAAGUUUACCUGAAAUUACAAAAAUUCCACUUAUAUCAGCAUAUGAUAUAGAUUUUAAUGGAUACAGUCAAUUGUAUUAUUACCUUACAAUAGAUGAAAAGAAUCAAUUUACUAAUCCUUUUCGUAUAGUGAACAAUUUACCAUUGAAUAAAUUAAAUGGAUCUAAUGAUUUAUAUCUUGUUUUAACAGAACCUUUAGAUUAUGAAAGUCAAUCUGAGUACAAGUUGAACUUAACAGUAUGUGAUGAUAACAUUAGUAUAACUAAUCUACCUAUUCAUUGUUCAACACAAUUUAUACAAGUCAUUGUGAAUAAUGUAAAUGAUGAAUCUCCAUGGUUUGAAAAAACAAACUAUACAGUUAUGAUCAAAGAAACAACACCUAUUGGUAGUCAUAUUCUUAAAGUGACUGCUAAAGAUAACGAUUCUACACCAUAUAACAAAAUUUUUUAUCGUAUGAUAUAUAAUUCAGAUAUAGUAAAGUUAAAUAUUGAAAAUCUUUUUUAUAUUGAUCCAGGAACUGGUGUUAUUCAACUCAUAAAAUCUUUACCAAAGCCAGGAAGUUAUAGAUUUCUUGUGGAAGCAAUUGAUCUUAUAGAUUAUAAUGAAACAUUGAUGAGUAGAUCAACAGAAGGUGUAAUUCUUACAAGUAAAAGUGUUUUCAAUGAUUCAAACAUCAACAGGAAUAAUGUUGCAAAGAUACAUAUUCAUGUGUUAGAUGUGAAUAAUCAUUCGCCAAGAAUUGAAAUUCAACAAACUCAAGACACAAAUGUAUAUUAUGCUAACAACUUUGAAAUUGAUCAUAAAAAUCAUUCUAGACCUCUUAUACUAUUAAAAAUCUCAGAAGGGACAUUGGUGAAUACACCUAUAGCUUAUUUUAAAGUGACUGAUGAAGAUGAAGGGGAGAAUGCUGAAACUAUUUGCAGACUUAGUCGUUCAAAUCAAAGUGAACCAUUUCGCUAUGCUUUCAAUCUCGAUAUAAGAAUAGAUGUCCAUAAUAUAGAAGUAUUUCAAUUGAUCCAUGUUAAUCGUAUUAGUGAGCGAACAAUAGUGCAAAAGUUAAUUUUAACCAAACAAUUAGAUGCAGAAAGUUUAUAUGAAAAUUUACUACUAAGUGAAAAUAAACCAGUACGAAAAUAUGAAAAUAUUGCUGGUUAUUUAGGCUUAUUACUGGUGUGUAAUGAUCUUGGUGUACCCAGACUAUCUACUUCUUUACCUAUCCUUAUCGCUGUUCUUGAUGUAAAUGAAUAUUAUCCAAAUCUUCAACUAAUCAAUUCAUCAUCAUUAUGUUCAUCUAUUUCACUCAGGACUUUUAUUAAUCAUACAUAUAUAUAUGAUAUCAGUAUACCAGAAAAUAUACCAAUUGGUUCACAGAUUGUUAAGUUGAUCGCUACAGAUCAGGAUACAAAUUCAGUUAUACAAUUUAUACAAAAAACUAAAAACUUAUCAGAACCAUUUAUGAUUCAUAAUUCGAAUGGUAUUAUAAAAACUACUACUGAAAUUGAUUAUGAAAGUGUUAACACUUACAUAUUAUUCAUUAUUAUAUAUGAUGUGAAAAAAAUUCAACAAGCGUUAACAACAUCAGUAAUAAUUAACAUUGUUAUCGAAGAUUUGAAUGAUAACCCACCAGAAUUUAUUUUACCACCUUUAAAUGAACUACAAUUUGACGGAUAUUCAAUUAUAGAGCCAAUUAAAAGUUUGAAUGGAUUAAGAGUUAUAGAAUUUGAAGAGGAAACUAUACAGACAAAGUCAAUAGGUAAUGUAAAAGCAUUAGAUCGUGAUAAUGGUAAAAAUGCUGAAAUUGUUUACUUUAUUGCUGAACUUACAUUUGAAAAGAAUGAGGAUACAGUCAAUACAAAAAUAUUCAGUCAACUAAGUUCAAAUGAAAAUUAUUCUAAUCAGUCUAAGAUAUUAAUUGAUUCAGAUGGAUCAUUAUGGUGUGAAGGAAGAUUGGAUAGAGAAAAGACACCAAUUAUUGAUCUAGUUAUUGGUGCUCAUGAUUUAGGUGAACCAAAAUUAACCUCGUAUACAAAAAUAAGAAUUAUAUUAACAGAUAUUAAUGAUAAUAGUCCAGAAUGGCAAUUUCCAACUAAAACAGACUUUUUAGUAUCAAUUUCCAAGUUAGUAUCAGUUGGAACAAUAGUCACACGUGUUCGAGCUAUAGAUAACGAUGAACCGUUAAAAAACGGCUAUGUAAAAUAUUAUAUAUCAUCUUUCAACAACGAAAAAUUUUCCAACUCUAAUUCAGAAUAUUUAUUAAAUCAAAUAAUUUCAUACUUCUUUAUACUUGAUUGUCAUUCAGGUGAAUUAAAGGUCAAACAUUCACUUACUAUAUUACCGGAUGGAUUUCUUGAAAUAUGGUUAAAAGCUGAAGAUAACGGAAGUGUUCAUCGAAACUCUUUAGCUAAACUAGUUAUCUAUUUGACUAAUGAUCAAAAUCUCUUAGAAAUUAACAGUCCAGAGAAAUUGUCUGCUUAUUAUCAGAAAGAGAAACAUACUAAACAAUUGACUUCACAAAUACAUUCCCUUGGAAAGUUAACUGAAAUUAUACCUUCAGUUGUGAACACAGAUUCUACUAGUUUGUACAUAUAUUCUUCAUCACAAAGUAUGCAGACUUUAUCCCUUUUAAUUGGAGGUGGUGUAAUUGCUACUAUUAUUAUCAUUUGUUUAAUUCUUCUAUCAGUACGUCUUAAGUUGAAUCGUCGUUUUCGUAAUCGUUCAAAAUAUGCAACAGUGGGUACACAUGAAUGUGAUAAUGUGAACAAACUGUCUGUUAACAACCAACCUAAAGGUAAAUCUAAUAAUUCAUCUGUUAACUCUGAGAUUCUUUUAGAAACAUUUGUUGAUUCACAACUUUCUACCUCAAGACCGAACAAUGAAUGUUGUUACAUUGAUAAUGAUAAAUGUAAUUAUGAAAGUGACAAAGAGAUAAAUAAAAUGAACACAAUGAAACCGAUUUCAUCAUCAAACGAGACAUAUAUCAGUUGUUCUUCCACUUCUGUUGAAAAUACCAUCCAUGCUCUUAUUCCAGUGAGUAUGUUGAGGAGUUCAGAAGAGCUGCAUUAUUCACCUAUCAGCUCAGUAUUUGACUUUACAGAUAAAAUUCCCCUUCAACUGUUACACGUUUCUAAUGAAACUUUCGCUGUACCUUUAUGCAUAACUCAAGAAAACAGUAUUACGACUGAUCGAAAAAAUACUGACCAAUUUCACAGUAAUAUGCAUCAGAGCAUAAACGAACAAAUGACGUCUCAUUCCUUGGCUAUUGUCGCUACAGUUGUACCUACAUGUAAUAUGAAAUCGAAUGUAUUACCAGUGUUACCUGAAGAUCAAGUUGGUAAGGUGAUCACCACUAGUUACAUGACAGUUGAUGAUGAAGACGACAUCAUCAAGCUGGAUAAUUUUACACAUUCCGAUACCUACUACACUACUUUCACUCCAUGCAUUCUCACAACGACUGCGAAUACCUCAUAACAUAUAAUGUGUAUUUUUAUCGGAUACCGAAAUUAUGCAUAUACCUUGUGAUCUCUUUAUUUUCAGCAUGUAAAAUUCAGUGCAAACUUAAAUUUAUAGGUGUAUAAAAAUAUCUUAGGUGAGCAAAAUCAUUCCUGUUUGUCCUAUACUUCAAUGUAUUUUAAGAGUUAACCAUAGAUAAAAUUAUCUCAAUG